AUGUUUGAAUAUUGUAUAGACGAACUCCAGGAAAAAGCGAGGCUAUACAACGAGACGGGAGUUGUUCCGGUUCUUGACGUACAAGUGCGCAUUGCCCGAUCAGAUAGGGUCAUUCCAUCAGACAUGAAGAGCACUCUCCAAAAGGCCGUUGGCAACAUUGAACGAACCCUUUCUCGCAAAAUCGACAGGGACUCAGGCAAGGAAAAUAGCCUUGCAGAAGCUAACGACUCUACAUGCAAGAAACAGAACAACGUGAUCAACGUAAUUGACCCAACAAUGUACCCGCUCGUUUUUGGUCGCUCUCGGGUGCUACCCACCCACGAAAUCGAUCUUCAUGACUGUCUUGGCCAUAUCUCCCAGGGAAUCACAAUAAAAGUACCGGGCCAGAAAGAGACACAGAAGUAUGUUGACGGCAUCUAUCAAACGUUGUUCUCAAGUCAGUCUCAGUGGCUUCCCUGCAAUAUUGAGUUCCCGGACGGCAUCAACGCAAAGAUCACUAGCUACAUCAACAAUCUACACCCCAGGGAACACAGAACCGUCUACUCUGUUUUGGAAAACAUCAUCACGCAAAUAAUGCCCAUGUGGAAUAUGGUGUACUCCUCUGUCUACGACCACACCAUGCGCUGCGACUUGCGCAUCGAUUGUACUGAAGCAGGUUGGAAAUACCCCAAUACACCUCCCUACGACCCGCUCAAUAUCAGGGAUGACUUGAUGAACGGUGUCAUUGAUGAUGAUGAGUGGCAACGAAGGACAGAUGAGUGGCUUCGUGAUUUCAGGGUUGUUGACAGACCUGAGCCACAGGUGAAGGGAGAUCGAGCUUUCCACCGAUCAAGUCAUGAACAUAACAACUCUGUUACACCUCAGGGGAUUGCGAACUUUACUGGCAUGUUAGGCAAGGCGGGCGGCAUUCAGAUCGUUGUCAAGAUUAGAGCAAUGUACCCAACUCCUGAGGACCCUAUCUGCGAUUUGCAGAAUGAGUUUGGUCUAGACGGCGCACUGAACGAGCACAUCGUGGCUACUGCAGUCUACUUUUUCGAAGAUGAGAAUGUUACAGACUCGAAUGUAUCCUUUCAGACGCGAUUUCAGGGUUUGAAUUUUGAGGAGGACUGCACCUUUGUGGUAGGAGAUCUGAGGCCCCUCGAUGAGAUCUUUGGGCUCAGACAUAAGACUCCGUCGCUGCAGAAAAUUGGAUCCGCAACAAUGCGGGAGGGUUUGGUAUUGGUAUAUCCCAACGUUAUGCAACAGAAGGAGUCUGCCUUCCAGCUGAAAGAUCCGACUCAGCCAGGGCACAGGAAAGUUUUGACUCUUUACUUGGUUGACCCACGAGUUAAAAUUCUGUCGACAGCGAAUGUGCCUCCGCAACAAGCUGAUUGGUGGGCUGCAGAGUUCACAUCGAGGGAGGGACAAAUGAAGGGCCUACCGAAGGAGAGUCCAGGGGAGCAGGUUCCUGCUUGCGAAGAUGCAGUCCAUGAUGGCCACAAAGUUCUGCCCCAAGUCCUAGAGUGGCACACCUAUCUACGAAACUCAUCGCGCAGAGCGGACACGAUCUCCUGUGCUGUACUGGACCUAGUUGACCAGUACAUGCUUGUUGAAGACCCGAAAAGGCGAUUUCCGUCCACAGCACUCUGCAAAGAACUGGACCGGAUUGUUUCUGAGGCAGAGAGCACAUAUCGGUUAGAAGUAGAGCGCGGAACGUUGAAGAAGGAGUCAGAGGAAACACUGAAAGCCCUGUUAAAGCUCGACAAUCUUGCUCCAUCUAUUGCAGCUCCAUUCUCACAACUUUCUGCCGACAGCAAGAGGGCCAAUGAUCCCAAACUCUCUUUACCGACGCCAUCUCUGCGUAAUCGAUCCUCUUCUGCAGUUCGAAGUCAUCGCGUUAGGAAGUCUGUGCGAUUCGAAAAGAUAGUCAGUGGAAAAACUGUUAACCGCGAGGAAGUGAUCAAGACCGGUCUGGGAAUAUCAUCGUUAGCCGAGGAACCAGAAGAUAUCGACAGCUCAUCUCAAGGACCCGGCCCGCCACUGCCAGGGGUGUCCAUCCGACCGCCAACGCCGGAGGACUCCAACUUCAACCCUUCUCCUGAACCAGAAGAUCCGAUUGAUAUAGAGGGUGGCGCGACGUCGUCCAAGGCGCCCUCUUGCCAUGAGAUUGCUAUAGUGCAGGAGUAUCAUAGGCGCUCCCAAUCUUGGGCAGAGAACCAAGGUGUCUGGGCUUCCAUCAACCGACAUGGCGACGACUCUUGCUCGAAGAUUCGACGCCUACAAAACUACAGCAAGAUGCAAACACUUCUAAUUCUUACCGAUGGUCUAUGGGAGGGGUCGAAUUUGACUGACGAUGUCGAGCAUCUAAUCACCCAGUUCGUCGAAGGGCUGAAGAAGAAAGUGGGAAAGCGCGAGCGUCGAUGGUUCAGUAUUCAAUUCAUCUCCUUUGGAAAGAGCAAAGCAGCCCUAGAGCGUCUAAGAAAACUAGACGACGAGCUUAAGACAGUAGAAGACGUUGUGGACACGAAACCUUGGUAUACAGACAAUGUUGAAUCGCUCAUAGUGGGGAGUAUUCUUCAAGCAGAAGACGCGGCACAGCCCUCAACCUCCGGGCUUCAGCUAGCAGAUCAUACGCCUUCGUCGUCAAGGACGAAUUCCAUCAACCAGUCCAAACGCAAUCUGAAGAAACGAGUUGCGGGCCUUUUGGGGCCCUGA